AUGACAAGGUCUCUGCGUCCCCGAACGAGUCGCCCAACCUACAGUCUCCUCGCUGGGCUCGAUGGCGACGACGGCGAUGGGCCCUCCCAAGUUCUCGAGGAAAUGGAUAGUGGAAGCGAUUUCGCUCCUGCGCAAGAGGACCCUAAUAAGAGCAGCACGAAGGAUAUCGAUGCGUCCGAUUCGGACGGUGGUGCUUCUGAUGUCUCCGUGGAAAACCCAGAAAUUGUUCGCAUUACGAAGCUCGUGAGGCCGGCCGCGAACAAGGGGAAAAUGAAGCAAUCGGCUCCCAGAGCAAGUGUUGUCGCUCCUACUGCUUCAAGUUCUGUUGGUGGCCUGCUUGGGACUGCGCGGCGCCAUAUGUACACUCUACCCGCAACAAGGGCACAACACCGACAUCGUGCACCACCGCUGUUUAUUCAGGCAAGGGCUACUCUGCGCUUGACGAAAGCACCUGAAUUAUUUGAAGAACCAAGCGUCACCGAGACCAGCGCUUUUAAUUACAGUCCGGAAAUUGCACGUAAACUAGGGAAAGCCUGGGGUCACAGUAUUGGUCCGGGUCCUGUAUGGGAUCUUCUCGAAGACAGAGGAUGGUUCAAGGAAGCGCAGCCAGGGGACAUCACUGAAAGUUCUCGGCGCCCUCGAGUUUAUCGCGACCUAAAGAUAACCAACAGUUGGGAAGUAUUGGAUGACGUUCAAGCUGCUGGGUACCUGCCUUCCGAUAUAACUACUACGCAUGAUGGUGCUUUCAAGCCUCCGCAGCCAGUAUCGUGUUACUUUGGCAAGUACGGCGAUCAGAAGAAAGUUGAAUUGACCAUGCUUCAUUCAGUAUCGAUGUCGGAUUUUGUUCCAGGAAGUAAGUCCCACGUCUUCAACGCCGGCGCGCCCGUGUGGGCACUGGACUGGUGCCCCAUACACCCCAGCGACCGAGCAGCGCGUUCUUACGAACAGUACUUGGCUGUUGCACCCCUGCCUUCUCGCUCAUACUCCUCGGAAAUCGGCGUACGGAUCCCCCGGCCAAUCCCCAGUUGCAUCCAAAUUUGGAGUUUUAGUUUCGACGAAACGUCGGACUCAAGCAAGGUUACGUGCGAGAUGGUGCUAUGCUUGGAAAGCGGCCCUGCCCACGAAUUGAAGUGGUGUCCAUUGCCGUCUCAUGAUAUGUUGUCUGUUUCGUUAUCUAAAAUACGCAAACUUGGGCUCCUGGCUGGCACUUUUGAAGAUGGAUCCUUCUCUGUGUACGCUGUUCCAGAACCCAGCGACGUAAGACCCACGGGUUCAGAUAUUCCUAAACCGGUAUACGUUAAACUAUCCGAGCCAAUUCUCCGCAUAGAGCUCCCUGACGCUUGUUGUUGGUCCUUUGAAUGGGCGAAUAGUGAAGUCGUGGCUAUUGGGACUACUAACGGUUCUAUUGCCGUUUACAAUCUAGCAAACCACUUGAAGACCUUUGCUGGCGAGACUAUAACAGAUAUAAUGCCCACCCAUUUUAUCACCGUACAUCAAUCCGCCAUCCGCGCCCUGGCAUGGGUCCGCGCGCCGCCUGCAUCGCCCACGGGGGAGAUCCGCAACGACCUUGAUCCUACUAUCAUCGCCAGUGGAGGCUACGAUGGCACCCAAUGCUUAACGGAUAUUCGUCAGGCCACGGGGUAUACGAUCAAUAGGACAAGAGAUGUAAUCAAUACCAUGACUUACUCGCCGUUCACUUCCGGACCGAUCAGCACAGAUCACGAGAACGUAGUCAAGGCCUUCUCCGUCUUGCCUGGCACGCUCGGCCGUGGCCAUACGCUUAUGGAUCCAGCCGGACCUCCCUGGGAUGUACACGCUUCGGAUUACCACCCCAUAUUGGCGUUAGGCUCAGCAGAUGGUGCCUGCUCCACAACGAAUGCCCUGCGGCCUCCUCGACGAGGAACCGUGCCAUUUUUUAUUCAUAAGCUAUACCAGAUGGAUUACAGCCGGAAAACUGGAGAAUACCGCAUGUUGGACUGCUUAUUGCCCAAGGAAAUGCACAUAAUGCCUGUAAACGAAGCAAGAAAUAAAAAGGCCAAGGAAGUGGAUAAAACGCCUGUAGGGAUCGACGCUUGGCCGAAGGAAGUGGGAGUCCAUCGAGUCGUUUGGAACUCAGGGAAUGGGUUCCAGGCAGCGUGUAUGCUGGCAUCGGCAACAGCGUCUGGGCUAUGUCGGAUUGAUAUUCCGAGUGGAAGAUGGUACAAGGAUAAAGUACCUGGUCAUUCGGUCGCUGUAGUUAGAGGCGAGGUUUCUGUGGACGGGGCGGAUAUGGACGUGGAUGAGGAUGACCUCUCGGAAUGA